AAGUUGACUGGCAGCUCGAAAGAGUUAAACAUUGUCAAGCACAAGUAGUUCAAUUACAUGGAACGAUGGCAAAGUUACGAUGUAGCGCUUGCACAAAUAAUUAUUCAUUUGCAACACAAUAUUGUGACGUUUUUAAGCAAGGUGAGGCGCCAAAUUGCCCCGGAUGUGAAGAGAGAGAGGACGCUAGAAUCGAACAAGGUAGACGACCACAUACUAUUGGACAACUAAAACCUACAGUAAUUCUUUACGGAGAUUCGCAUCCUAAAGGAUUAGAAAUAUGUCAAAUCGCAGCACAGGAUCAGGAUAAAGCGGAUUGUUUGGUAAUAAUGGGAACAUCUUUAAGAAUUCCAGGAGUAAAAGCUCUUAUAAAAGACUUUGCUAGAGCGGUUCAUGAUCGAGAAGGUUAUGUUAUAUUGGUGAAUGCUACAGAUGUAGUUACUAAAGAGUGGAAUGGUGUAAUUGAUUAUCAAAUAGAAGGUACCUGCGACGAGUGGGUUAAACUUGUUGAAAUAGAAUUAUCAAAUAUCGAAAGAACAGCGGCAACGAGACUUUUGAAAAGUAAAUCGGCCGAAACAAAUAAUAAUAAACCAUUUUAA